AGGAAACUCACCAUUUCAGACUGCUUUGAAGAUAUAUUACUAAAGACAUGGCUUCCCUAACAGGAUCUCAAGAGCAGCGCCGAUGGUUAGUGGUGGGUAUUGCUCUUCACCAUGUCCUCACUCCAUGCCUCAGAGAUAAGGUCAAAACCGAAAUGACUUCAUUUUACCAGUAUUUGGUGCGAAACUUUGGAGUGGACAAACAAACGUACACAUCUUUCAUGAAGAAUAUUCCUCUGUCCACGGUGAAAUUGAACUAUGAAAGUAUCAACAAUAACCACAAAGCCACGGACCGUACCCACUACGACUACUGUGUAAGGGAUGAAGUGUCUUUGGCCAAGCUGUUUAUGAAACCCAUCAUGGCGCAGUUCAAUGCAUUUGACAGUUCCUUUGAUUCUUCUGCUGCCCUUGCUGUUCUCUGCGGAGCAUUGCCAUUUGCGUCUGUUAAUCCGAUUGCUGAGGAUGUGAGAUCAAACGUUCGUAACGAGUGGGCCCAUUGCGACUUCACAAUUUGGACAGAAGUACAGUUCGACACCUGCUUUGACCUUAUGGAGGCUCUGGCAACGAACUUGAGAAUUCCUCCCUCUGACGAAGCACGAAUUUUAGGUGAACUUAAAUUAUGGAGAACAAAAGGUACGAUAUAACUAUAGCCCAGGGUAUAAAAUAACUAACAGAGUACAAGCGCUCUUAAUUGGCGUGAGAGUAUGUAAACACAGUUGUAACGUCAAGAUGUUUUGCCGCCCGUGCACGCGUUAUUAAAUCACGCAAGCACGAAGGUUUCUCAGAUGAAAACUCGACAAGUUCACUUUACUUACCUUAUUUCCUCGUCGGUUGAAACUUGAGAAAUCUUUAAAAAAUAUACCGUAUCAUUAUUUUUCGCUUCUAUUGAUAUUAAAGGCAGAGAAUUCCGCAUCUUGGAGAGCAUCCUUAUGCAAAACAGGAAAUGAUUACGCGUACAACAAUCACUUUGCAACUUGUAAGAUUUCCCUUUUUUAGUGCCACAAACAAAGAGUUCUGCUUUUUUUCUCGGGAAAGUUAUUUUAUAAAAGCGAUAGAAUUCUUUUUGACACUGAAUGCACGGCAAUGCAUAGCCCGAUUAUGAACACUCGAGAGUUGGGAGAAUUCUCGAUACCGUAAAUGACCUAAUAAACGCCUGGGGCGUCUCAGUUUGAUUGUGGGGUCCAAGCGGGGGCGUUUUAUAGAUCAAUAAGAGGCAGCUUGGGGUGCGGCUUUUUAGGGGGUUCUUAAAAAUAAUUAGAUGCAAUUUUAAAGUAGACUUCACUCAUCUACACCACCCUCCCCUCCUACGAUUUUUACUUACACCACCUUACCACUUUUUAGUUUUCCUUACCCUCGCCGCCCACGAUUUGUAUUUGCACCCCCUUACCACAUCUCACGUAUAGAUGAAACAGUAUUUUAUGAGAAAAUAGACGCCUUAAAAACAUCAAGCAAGGGAAAAGAUAGUAAAACAACAUUAUUUAUUUAUGAUGACUUUUACGAUCAAGCCAAACUUUGGCUUGGGAAAAAUUUAAGACAAAAAUGGAAGAGUUUGUUCUAAAACGAGACCUCCUCAAAACAUUGCCUGAUGCACAUUCGGCCAUUGCUUACCGUGGAAGAGAUAAGACUGAACAUUACGUACGUGAACGUUACUCAGGAAUUAACCAAGAGGUGACUGAAUUAUUUGCGUCUCUUUGCACUUUACGACAGUCUCAACGCAGUGUCACAAGCUAUAUGAAGAAACCUGUUGUUUGACCAAUUGCAGCCGAUGGUUUCCUUAUGCAUGUCGAAAUUAUUGACUUAACCGACUUUAGAAAUUUGCCUUGUUCAUGUUCCCCAAGUCAUAACUGGGUACUUCACAUCAACGACCAUUACAGCAAAUAUUCUUGGCUCAUCCCGCUAAGGUCCAAAACAUGCCAGAAGGUUGUACAAGCGCUACAAAAUGUAUUUUUCAUGUUUGGAUUUCCAAAGAUCUUGCAUAGCGAUAAUGGAAUGAGGAAUUUACAGGCAAAAGAAUGCGAGAAUUCUGUAAGUCAAAUUCCAUAUCACUAGUUCAUGCUGCCCCUAGGACUCCCACAAUGCAGGGGUUGGUAGAAGGAGGCAAACGUACUUUCAAAGAAAACAUAAGUAACAUUCUCAGAGAGAAAAAAGCUGAGCUCAACGGUUGGUGCUCUGUGCUUUGUGAAGCAGCAUACAAGAAAAACAUUGCCAUACAUGCUACAAGCAAAGAAAUUUCAUACGGUGCAGUUUUUGGGAUAAAACCAUGGAAGGAAACAAACAACAGUGAUGUAUCGACAGAGAUUAAUGAGACUAAUAAUGAAACAACAAGCAUUGUUACGAGGAGUUCUGUACAGUACCGCAAAUAAUCCCCAACCGCAAAUGAUCCCAAAAGUGGAUCGCAAAUGAUCGUCGACCGUAAAUGAUCCCCAACUUGGACCGCAAAUGAUCCCAAAUGAAAAAUAGAAAUGGCUUGGAUGUUGACCGUUCUUUCUGGGAUAACAUAACUACGGCUUACCUUGCUUUUUGGUUUCUCGUUACCAGGUUUAGAUUGUUCGUAACUAUCUUCGGCAACGCACAACUAAUAAAUAUACAUGUAAACUAUUCGCGAAAUAUUAAGUUGCUAUUUCGAAAUAAACGGGAACCUGUGCAGAUUGAUAAAUUCGGAGACAUUUUGACGUUUAUUUAUUCUACUGCGCUUUUCACUAACACGCGAACACUCUAAAGUUCAAAAGCCGCCUUCAGAAUUGCGUUUUUCGCCGUCGUCAAUCAUAAUUGCGUUCACAAGUAACGAACCUUAAAAGCACACAAAAGCUAUGCCUAUCAAAGUCCACUAAUCACAGAUCACAAACCAUGACCUUUUGAAUCCGUUUAAGUAAAGUUAUGUUUCCCAAGAGGUCCCCUAAGAUGAUUGACGGCAGCGAAAGACGCAAACAUCAGUUGGCUUUUGAACUUCAGAGUUCGGGUGUUUUUGAAAAAGCGCGGUAAAUCUGAUAUCUUGUUUCGUAAACUACACUGAAGUAUACAAAUGCCUUGCUGUUAAUCACGUAGAAUUAAUACUUUAAAGAAAAAUCAAAGUUUAAUUUUCUGAAAAGUAAUUCGGCACUUCCAAAAAGUCAAUAAAGCUCUUGCUAUGUAGAGGGCGACCAGGUUUCUAUUCCUCAGUACACAAGUUGAGCCUCUAGGCGUUAAAAUAAUAGAGGUAUUUAUGAGUAACGCCCUGCCUGUCCUAAAUUUUUACACGGGGAAGAAACGAAGCAAUUGCCAAAGGAAGAAGUACGAUUGACAUCAUAUCCUUUUCAGAUUUAUUCCGUUUAUUUAAAUUUUUUUGCGCGUUGUAUAAAUUAACCUGUGAUCUGGCGUCCUCCUUCCCUUCUCCUCUAGAGGGCGAGAAGGAUCUAAAGGUUCCAUUUCCCAUCGCAAGUUAAGUUGCAAACAGCCCCAUUCUUCAUUCUUCAUUUAAUAUCCAACCAAGAUCCAUUUCAGUCCUCAAUUUUUCAAGGGAUCAUUUGCGGUGCUGUACUGUUCAUCAAACCAGGAAAGGGCACAAGAAGAUCAAUCAGAGCAAAGAAAAAAAUUAAAAACAGCGUAAAUGAAUAUCAAGAGCAUUAUAAAACAAAAAUGAAAAACGACAAGAAGAAAAACACCCUCUCUUAGAGUGGAUGAGAUAGUAGCGAUAAAAAUUGAUAAAGUAGAUAAGGCCUCCCCUCUUCACCCUAAUGUCCUCAUUACCAAAAUUCUUCAUGUUGAGUCACCAAGUGAAUGAGUCACAAGUCAAUGAAAGAACUUCGAAUCUGUCAGAUUUGCUGUCAAUAUCUGCUUAAAUUACUUAAGUAAUAACAGUACAUAAAUUAUAGUGACAAACCUAACCCUAAGUAUGUGCUAACCAUUUCAAGUAAGUGCCUAAUCAGUAUUGUCAGUGCUUAGUGGCUACCACAAACAUAUCCAUGUAAUAUGGCUUACUGCAUAACUAUAUAACAGUAUCUUAUGAAUAACAUAGGUUAAAAAAAUCAAAUUAGGUUAAAUCAAAAUUAACCUGAAAUUAAAUUUGACCUGUAACAUUUAUAAUUAUCAUCGCGAUAAAAAGUAUCGCGUAUUAACUUGCCUCCAUUCUUUUGUCACAGGACAGGACCUUUGUCUUGGUAAACCACUUGAUGACACGCUACUAAAACUCAUACGCAGGGAAGUUCAACAACUUUCAGACACCUUGGAUACACAUAAAGAACAAAAUGAUCGUAUAGAAAGUACCCUGGGCCUUCUUAAAACUGAGCUCGAUAAGGCCAUCGAUUCUCUCCAAGAAAAGCAAGCUGGCAUGGAAAUGACAUGCAAAGAACUACUGCAAAGGCAAGAAAUGAUCGCAGACGAAUUGGAUACAAGCAAUAAGGAAGUGGGGAUGUGCCGGGAAAUGACACAAAAAGUGCAAAACCUUUGCAAAAGCUUGGAAGUUAAAAGCGCCUUUAUGCAACAAGAGUUGGAUAUCUUAACAACAACUGUGAAUAGCACCCCACGUUCCGACGAUUCCAGUGAGAUAGUCUUUGAUGCUCCAGAGAAAAUCAAGUGGUUUACGGGAAGAGAAAAAGAAUUUGAAAGCCUUGAAAGAUGCCUUCCACUGAAAGAACACAACAAAUUAAAGAUGGCAGCCAUUUGUGGUCUCGGGGGAUGUGGAAAGAGCACUUUAGCUACUCACUUUGCGUGGAAACGUGAACAAGGAUACGAAGGAGGUGUGUUUUGGAUCUCCAUGGAGGACGAUAGAAAGUUUGAAAACUCUGUAAACGACUUGGCUUUUCGUUUAGGUAUUGAGGCAAAUUCAUUCGAUUUCACGCUGUCCAAACUGCUAACGAAGAUUUCCAAGCAACAGAAAUCAUGGCUGAUGGUCCUUGAUGAUGUCGACCAGCUACACCUCUCUGAAAAUAUGCACACGGUUCUGUCUGGUCGGUGGAAAAGACGUGCAGGCGGUGACAUACUUCUAACAACAAGACGCGAACCAAAGGAAGUGUAUGGGUCUGUGGAUAUUGACCCAUCUUGCUGUAUUGAGCUCUUUUCCUUCUCAGAAGAAGAGGCCAAGGAGUUCCUUUUAGUCCGAUGUGGUUGUGCUGAUACAGAAAAUGAAUUGGUGUUAGAUGAUAUAGAUGAGCUGAUUCGCGAGCUAGGUUGUCUUCCUCUUGCUUUAGAACAAGCUGGUGCACAUAUCAAAGCUCUUCAGUGCUCUAUCAAAGACUAUCUUCAAGCGUACAGAAUUCAGCGACUGCAGUUGCUAAGUCAACAUCCGCGUGCAAAACCGUCUUGGGAGUACGAGUCUAAAAACCGACUCGCUGUGCACACCACGUGGCUUUUAAACUUUGAAUAUGUUAAAAAAUCACCGCAAGGAGAAUUGGCAUCGAUAUUCUUAAAAGCCUCGGCCUUUUUUGCAUCCAAUGAAAUCAACGAAGAGCUUGUCAUCUGUGAAGUGCUCUCCACUGAUCAAAGCUGUAACCUCCCCUUGGUGAAGAAUCACAUCAUGGACAUUUUGACCAAGUUUUCACUUUUCCAGCGGAAAAGUUGCCGAUCCCUGAGAUUACAUCGUCUGGUUCAGGAAGUCAUUCGCAACGAAAUGUCUAUUCAAGAAACUGUCACCUCGAUGCUUACAGCGGUAAAACUGCUUUACCGGGCCUUUCGAGGUUGCCAUUCGCCGGACGAGAUCCCUUCUUACAUCACAUCAAGUGAGCUCGAACAACCUUCAGCGUUCAUAACAAAUAAAUCUCUAUUUUAUUUGUGGUCGAAACUAGCCACACAUGCUUCUGCGUUACAGCACCAUUUAAAAACAUUGCUGUAUCAGCAAGACAUCGACAGAGAAGUUAAGGCAGUCGUUUUAAGUUACGAAACUUCGCGCGUCAUUUAUGAAAAUGCCGUCCACCUAAGUGUGCACGGACAUCAAGUUGAGGCCAAGGAAGCCGAACGAUUGGCAUUUAGUAUUUUCGAUUCUUGUCCAAAUGCUGAAGGCCCCAUGUCUAAAGAAGAUUUAACAAAACUAUUUCCACUCGUUUUACCCCUUAAUCAAAUGAUUAAAAAAACCGUGGUGUAUUCAUCUCGGCCUCCAAUUGAGUGCGGAAAACACGCGGAAGACCCCAGUGAGCACAGUCGUGCAAUAGACGAUCUUCGUUUACAAGGGAACACGUUCUUCAAGCAAGGUCGUUUUAAAGAAGCCGUCGAAGCAUACACAAGUGCCCUUGAAGUGUAUGAGAAAGGAAUGCGACCGGACCCACGUCUGCUCAAUAAUCGAGCAACUGCAUAUCUCAAGCUGAGUAAUUAUAAAAACUCUCUUCAAGAUUCCGAAGACUAUAUUGAGUUUCUGCCUACCUGCUGGAAGGGAUACACAAGGAAAGCCUUGGCUUUGAAAGGACUCGGACUGCGCGAUUAUGCUUCAAGCACUGCAGCCAUUGCAUACAACUAUAAUGUAACUUGCUGUCGUCGUUACGAACCAUUUGCAAAUGUGUUUAAAGCCUUGGACGGUAGAUGGGAAGUUGUUGCCUCCUCUGAGAGCCUUCAACGCUCUAUGGAACGUACCGGAAAAGAAUUUUCGGAAAGGAAAAUUAUCCUUCUUCGAAAUGGACAGUAUGAUUUACACGACACCGCUGAUAUUAUAGAAAUCGCAUUGGUGGCUCUGGAAAAUAGGUCAGAUGUCACCAUAAACUGCAAUAAUCCUUUAUUGCGCAAGAAGUGUUUUUUCCAUAAGAUUGCCUUUACAGCAAAUCUCAGUAUUUGUGUUGCCCCAGAUGCUCAUGUGGAAUUCCAUAAAUGCAUUUUUCGGAAUCGUACAUCAGAUGUAAUGGUGGUCUACAUUGAUCGUGCAUCAGCAAAGUUCAUAGAGUGCACAGUCAAGGACAGCAAGGGUAGUGGAAUAGCCGUUAAUGGACAAAACUCAUCAGCUUCCCUGACUAAAUGUGAAAUAAGUGGGCAUGGAAGCGCAGACAACGCCUUUGCUUACGGAAUAAGGGUGUUUAACCAAGGGAGUUUGUUGGUUUCCGAUAGCCGCAUCUACGGCAAUGUCAGGGGAAUUUGGGUUGAUGAAGCUCGAGUUGGUAUUCCAGCAAAGACUGUAAUAAUAACAGAUUGUGAAAUCUAUGAUAAUAAAUACGAAGGCGUUGUUGCAGGUGGAUGUAAGUGGGUUUCUCAUGAUUUCGCCGUCGUUAUCAUGCGAAGGAACAAGAUUUAUCACAAUGGCACCAUUGGCAUCCGCGUGACAUUUAAUAUUAAUAACAUUCUGGUCGAAAACAACAAAGUGUUCGAAAACCUUUGGUGGGGAGUUUGUGUCCACAACAACUCCGGUGGUGUGUACAAAAGCAAUGAGAUUUGCAACAACAAAAUGGGUGGAAUAAGAUUUGGUUACCAAGCUCCAGGAAAGCCACCUUGUGUAGUAAUAAACAACUAUAUCCACGACAAUUGCGGACCAGCCUUAUAUGAAGGACUUCGUUACUCUGAAAACUACAGUUUUUCCGACGAAUUACGAGAAUGUUUCUUGAGAGGAGUGUUUUCAGAGGGAAAUGUGUCUUUUCCAAAUAUGGUAUUGGCAGAGGUUAGUUCUAACCACUGUGUCCAAAAUGACAAUGGACAAAAAAGUUUCAAGCCAGCUGCAGUGAUGACGCAUUGUGUCUUUUGCUUUCGACGCGACUUGAAAUUGAAACCUUGUAAACGUUGCAUGACAGCAACGUAUUGUGGCAAAAAUUGCCAAAAACUACACUGGCAAAAGCAUCAGUAUACCUGCAAAGCUACUGGACAAAGGAACACUAUAGAGGUGAAGGUUGCUGAGGCUUUUCCUAAUGAUGGUUCUUAUCACGUAGCUUUUAACAAGAGCCACUCGAGUCUGGCCCCUAGUGGUCCAGAUUACCAUCCUCCUCCACCUAAGGAUGGAAGUCGCUUUGUUGUGAAAAUCCAAACCUCUGAGACGGAUGAGUUCGGCGGACUUGUUACAGACUCGAGAGGGCUUCUGAGUGAUGAACAGGAUCCUAAUAAAGCUCGGAUGUUGCUUUAUGAUCGCAGCCACCAUGUCCAUUUUCGGGUUAGCUGUAAACCACAACUUUUUCAUUUAAUAAUGGAGUGCGGAAUGAUGGGGAAGAGAAUGACUUUCACGAAGAAAUUGUACUGUUGGGCAGCAUUUCAAGAUGCUAAAACGCUUCGAAUUUUUACCCACGAAUUUCCAGAAGUCCAGGAAUGGUAA